CUCCAUCCCUCUCUCUGCCUUCUUCCAUUGUCGAUCACACACACCCUACUCUUCGAUUCCCGUCGCCCCCUCUCUUUCUCGAUCUCCAUCUCCAUCUCCAUCUCCCUCCGCUUCGUUCCUCGGAUGAGAUCCAAAGGACGGCCCUGAGAUCCGUCAGCAGAAGCAGCAUCCACGUGCGGCCGCAGAGUAGCGGCAGCGACAGACGAAGAUGCAAGACCUCUUCGGAUCGGUGCGGAGAUCCCUCGUGUUCCGUCCAAACCCUAACGGAAACGAUGGCGGCGGCGGAAAUGGCGGUGGAGGAAUAGCGGAAAAGAUCGGAUCUUGCCUCAGGAAGUCCCGGAUCGGACUGGGGCUAGGGUUCGGGGGGUCUGCCCCCAGACUCCCUCCCCCGCAUCCGGUGGAGACCGAUGACGCACUCCCGAUCCGGUGGCGAAAGGGCGAACUCAUCGGUUGUGGCGCCUUCGGCCAUGUCUACAUGGGUAUGAAUCUCGAUUCGGGGGAGCUGCUUGCCGUGAAACAGGUCUUGAUCGGGACUAGCAAUGCUUCCAAGGAGAAAGCUCAGGCUCAUAUAAGGGAGCUUGAGGAAGAAGUAAAACUUCUAAAGAAACUUUCUCAUCCAAAUAUAGUGAGAUAUUUGGGAACAGCUAGGGAGGAGGAGACACUAAAUAUUUUGUUGGAGUUCGUCCCAGGCGGAUCCAUCUCAUCAUUACUUGGAAAAUUUGGGUCCUUCCCAGAGGCUGUUAUAAGAAUGUAUACCAAGCAGCUAUUGCAGGGGCUCGACUAUCUUCAUCGAAAUGGAAUCAUACACAGGGACAUAAAGGGGGCCAACAUUCUCGUGGAUAACAAGGGUUGCAUUAAGCUAGCAGAUUUUGGGGCAUCUAAACAAGUAGCGAAGUUGGCAACUAUGAAUGCAGCCAAGUCAAUGAAGGGUACUCCAUACUGGAUGGCACCAGAAGUAAUUCUUCAAACUGGGCAUAGCUUCUCAGCUGAUAUAUGGAGUGUUGGUUGCACUGUUAUAGAGAUGGCUACAGGUAAGCCUCCCUGGAGUCAGCAAUAUCAAGAGGUUGCUGCCCUUUUCCACAUCGGAACAACAAAGUCUCAUCCUCCUAUACCCGAACAUCUCUCUUCAGAGGCCAAGGAUUUUCUUUUGAAAUGCUUACAGAAGGAACCCAACUUGAGGGCUACUGCAUCUGAUUUGCUGCAGCAUCCAUUUGUUACCAAGGAAUUUCAGGAUAUGCAUCCAAUACAUCGCUCUGCAGUUGUGGAACCCCCUAAAAAUGUAUCCCUGCCAUCCAAAUCAUUCACAAAGAACAACAAUACUAUAAUGGCUGAGAGUGCAACUAGCUGUGAAGGAUUGGACAAUAGCAUUAAUGGCAGCGGAAGCUGCUCUACUAGCUUUCCUGGAAAGUUUUCCAGCAGACCUAUAUGGGAGAUGAGUUCUAGUGGUGAUAUGUGCCGGUUGGAUGACAAAGAUGAUUUCCCAGUUGUUGGAUCGAGUUUCAACCCGAUGUCUGAGCCCUUUGAUGACUGGCCAAACGAGUUUGAUUAUAGUUCAGAGCAAAGAAAAAUGGCCUUGGAUGACUUUGGUGAAACUGCCAUGGAUGAUGCCUGCAGUAGAGAAGGGAAAAAUGAUUUCACAUUCCCUUGUGAGCCGGUGCCAGAUGAUGAUGAUGAAGUAAUAGAGUCAAAGAUAAGAGCUUUUCUGGAUGAGAAGGCCCUUGAUCUAAAGAAGCUGCAGACACCCCUAUAUGAGGAGUUCUUCAAUAGCCUGAAUAACAACAACGAGCCAUGCGCUGGAAAGAAAUGUGAAGAAAAUACAUCAAAGAUUUUAAAAUUGCCUCCUAAGAGCAAGACUUCACCCAACAAUAUGGUAAGUGGGAAGACUGCUCCGGUUGCUGACAUGACAAAUAAGCUGAGCCCUGGAAGUUGCAGCAGGCGAGUCUCGAGUAGUGGAGAUGAGAGUGACCGUGUUCUAAAAGAAAUUUCACCUCAGCUUAAUGAAUGGGGAGGACCUCUUCAAGAUGCUCAACAGGAACCAAACUGCCCAAGUGACAAUUUUUCGGAGAGGCAGAGGAAGUGGAAGGAAGAGUUGGACCAAGAACUCGAGAGGCAAAGAGAGAUGAUGAGGCAAGCAGGUUAUGGGAAAACAUCUUCCCCAAAGGACGGAUGGUUAGCUCGAAAGAGAGACCGUAUACGAUUUACCUCUUCGGGCAAAUGAGUGCGUGUACAAUCCACUCUCUCGAGCAUGCUCCUCCGCAGUUUCUUCUAGUGACUGAAAUAUCGGUGUUCAAAUAUAUUGCUCAUUCUUAUAUUCACUUGCUGUUUGAGAUUUGUUCUCCCUCUAGCUUAGCCCAGAGGCCCUUUGUUCCUUUGGCUUAGUUUGAGCAUGGAAAAAUCUCACAGCCGUCAUCUUCAACUUCAAUCUUCAAGCUUCCAUGUUUCUUAGACGAGAUCUAAGCUACGUCUCCUCCAUGUUUGGAGUUAAAGAUUGCUGAGCGUAGUAGAGUGCAUGGUGUAAGAUUUUGGUUAAGCAACAUUUAUUUGAUGCAACAAACAAUCAUAAAAAUAUAGUAACAUCUUUGGGUUUUUGUACUAUCCACUGCACAUGCUUGUUCCUUAGUCCAGAUAGAAUCAGACUCUUUCAACGAAGAUUUCUACUGGACAAAAAUGUAACACUUGUUUGUAAUAAGUAUCUGAUUCUUACUAUAAAUUCUCCCUUUUUUC